AGGAGGAGGAGGAGGAGGAGGAGGAGGACAGGAGCUGCAGGAGGAAGAGGAGGAAGCCGCUCAGACUCCACAUGCCUGAGCUGAGCGUGUUUGCGAUGCCUUUCCUGGAGGGAGAUCCGGGCCGAGCAGAGAAAGACGUCGGCAGGCAGAAGGGGGAGCCGCUGUGCCACUCUGCCAGCCCCACCAGGAGCUUCUUCCAGCGGGCUCCGUUCAGCCGGCCUUCCAGCCCCCGCUCUGCUCCAGCUAGGACCUCCAGCUCCAAGAUGAGUCCCAGCUCCCCCAAAACCAUCUUCCCCUACCAGACUGGACCCCCCCAACAGGACUCUUCGUCCAAGUCUCCACGCAGGCUGAGCUUCAGUGGGAUCUUCAGGUCGGCCUCCAGGGAUUCAAACCAUCAACCUUCUUCCUCCCCAGUCAGCAUCAAACUCUUCACACGCAACAAGAGAGACAAGGCCAGAGCCCACAGCCUCUCCUCCCCCCCUCCUCCCAACCCCGCCCCUCCUCGUCAGGGGGAAGUGAGUGUUUUCCAUCUGGAGACGUACCUGACCGAGCCGAGGCGUCCGGAGACCAGGAGGCUGCGCUCCUUUUCCUCGCCUCCCGACACCGGACAGCGCUCCUCCCCCUCCUCCAGCUCCUCCUCCUGCUUCCGGCCGCCUCUUACUGCGUCUCCGUCUCUUCCUGUCAGGAGGCUGGUGGAGGUUGCAGACGGCAUGUCGGAGCAGCCGGACCCUGAAGAUGCCGCGUCGGAGGAGUCAGAGAGGGACAUCUACAUGCGCUUCAUGAAGUGUCACAAGUGCUACGACAUCAUCCCCACCAGCUCCAAGCUGGUGGUGUUCGACACCACGCUGCAGGUGAAGAAAGCGUUCUUUGCUCUGGUGGCAAAUGGAGUGAGAGCUGCUCCACUGUGGGAGAGCAAGAAACAGGGCUUUGUGGGAAUGUUGACCAUCACAGAUUUCAUCAACAUCCUGACCAGAUACUACAAAUCCCCCAUGGUUCAGAUCUAUGAGCUGGAGGAGCAUAAGAUCGAGACGUGGAGAGAGCUGUACCUGCAGGAGACCUUCAAACCUCUGGUCCACAUCUCACCUGAUGCCAGCAUCUUUGAAGCUGUGUACUCGCUGAUAAAGAAUAAGAUCCAUCGGCUUCCUGUCAUUGAUCCGGUCAGCGGGAACGCUCUCUACAUCCUGACGCACAAGAGGAUCCUCAAGUUCCUGCAGCUCUUUGUGUGUGAGAUGCCCAUGCCGGCCUUCAUGAAGCAGACUCUGGAGGAGCUCGGUGUGGGGACGUACGCCAACAUCGCCUACAUCCACCCCGACACGCCGCUCAUCACCGCGCUGUCCGUCUUCACACACCGCCGCGUCUCCGCCCUGCCCGUCGUCGACCACCACGGUAAGGUGGUGGAUAUCUACUCCAAGUUUGACGUCAUUAACCUGGCAGCGGAGAAGACCUACAACAACCUGGACGUGACGGUCACUCAGGCCCUCAGACACAGAUCCCAGUACUUUGAGGGAGUCAUGAAGUGCAACAAACUGGAAACACUGGAGAUCAUCGUGGACCGCAUCGUGAAGGCUGAGGUUCACAGGCUGGUUGUCGUCGACGAGGAGUCUCGUAUCGUCGGCAUCGUCUCUCUGUCGGACAUCCUGCAGGCGCUGGUACUAACCCCCGCAGGUCUGGGGAGGAAGGAGUCUCUCCCCUCUCAGCCGACAGCUUUGGACUCAACAGGACCAGAGCCAGGAUGUAAACCUGGACCAGACCAAGACCAAGACCAGGACCAGUACCAGGAUCGGGAGCUUUGUACAGAGAUAGAGACAAAAAGAAAACCUGAAGCAGAUCAGGAUCAGGAGCCAGGUAAAGAAAUAGAGGCAGAGUCAGAGGCUGGCUGUGGGGACACUGGUACUGCAGAGACCUGCCAACAGGGGGAGACAGAGGGGAAGGGAGAGGGGGAAACAACAGAGACAGAACAGAAAUCCGAAAAUCUGGACAGACUCCGCCCGGCGGUCAUGUUGGUGCAGAUGUGA